GCAUCACUUAAUUUUUAUUUAAACAAGGUCGAUAGACCAAUUCAGAACAACCUUAAUUACUCGUCAAAACAAAUAUAUUCUUCUACUGUUUUCCUUCUCUAAUCCCUUUCGUUUUGGCAUGAACUUCUUAGCUCUAUCAAACAAUGGCAGAAAAAAAACAGCCACUUAGAUUACUACUAGAGAUGGUAACAGUUUUCCUUCUGGUCCUCACAACAGAAUCACUAAACUUCAACAUAACAAACUUCAACGACCCCGAGAAUGCAAAGAACAUAGCAUACAUGGGUGAUGGAAGGUCCAACAACGACGGGUCCAUGGAACUCAACAUCGUGACCUAUCCUUUCCGCGUAGGGAGAGCCUUGUACGGACAACCCUUGCGCCUGUGGAACUCAUCUUCUGGCGUUGCAACCGACUUCACCACGCGCUUCACUUUCACUAUCGACAGAGCCACAACCGCUAACGACACCUACGCCGACGGUUUCGCUUUCUACAUAGCCCCUCACGGUUACCAGAUUCCGCCAAACGCCGCAGGUGGCACUUUCGCGCUUUUCAACAAAACCUCAAACAGCUUCCUCCCCCAAAACCGCGUUCUCGCGGUUGAGUUCGACACGUUCAACGGCACCACUGACCCUCCCAUGCAGCACGUUGGCAUAGACGAUAACUCUUUCGUAUCCGUUCGUUCUGCUCCGUUUGACAUCGACAACAACCUCGGAAACAAAUGCCACGCUCUCAUAACCUACACUGCUUCCAACAAGUCAUUCUCCGUGUCAUGGUCCUUCGACGGAAGCGCGUCGCGAAAUUCGAAUUCUUCACUUUCUUACCAGAUUGACCUAAUGCAAACCCUACCCGAGUGGGUGGACGUUGGGUUCUCAGCUUCAACUGGAGACCAUACCGAACGAAACGUCAUUCAUUCUUGGCAGUUCAGUUCAACGUUGAACUCCACUGUUUCGAAUAAUAAUUCCUCGGGUAAUAAUGGAACGAACCACGGGAGCGGGUUGAGCGUGGUGGUGCUGGUUGUUGUGGUGACGUGUCCGAUGGUUUUGAUGGCCGUGGCCGCGAAUGUUGUGGCUUGGGUGGUAAUCAUGAAGAGAAGGGGUAAUAAGGGGUGUAGUGAUGAUGAUGAAGGUGGAGCCACCUUGGUGAAGUUUGAUUUGGAUAGGGCAGCUAUACCUAGAAGAUUUGAUUACAAAGAAUUAGUAGCUGCCACCAAUGGUUUUGCCGAUGAUAGAAGGCUUGGACGAGGAGGCUCGGGACAAGUUUACAAAGGGGUUUUGAGUUAUUUAGGAAGGGUUGUUGCCGUUAAAAGGAUUUUCACUAACUUUGAGAAUUCAGAGAGAGUUUUCAUCAACGAGGUUAGGAUCAUAAGCCGUCUUAUUCACAGAAACUUGGUGCAGUUCAUAGGGUGGUGCCACGAGCAAGGUGAGUUUUUGUUGGUUUUUGAGUACAUGCCUAAUGGAAGCCUCGACACUCAUCUCUUUGGGGAGAAAAAAACUUUGGCCUGGGAAGUUAGGUACAAGGUAGCAUUAGGUGUGGUUGUAGCACUUCAUUAUCUUCAUGAGGAUGCAGAGCAGAGUGUUCUUCACAGGGAUAUUAAGUCGGCAAAUGUGUUGUUGGACACAAAUUUCAGCACCAAACUUGGAGAUUUUGGGAUGGCAAAGUUGGUGGAUCCAAGGUUGAGGACUCAGAGGACAGGGGUGGUAGGGACUUAUGGGUAUCUUGCCCCAGAAUAUAUCAACGGAGGUAGGGCUAGCAAGGAAUCAGACAUUUAUAGUUUUGGAGUUGUGGCUCUUGAGAUUGCAUGUGGUAGGAGAACUUACAAAGAUGGAGAGUUUCACGUGCCUCUCGUGAACUGGGUGUGGCAACAGUAUGUGGAUGGGAAUGUUCUGGAUGUGGUUGAUGAGAAAUUGAACCAGGAGUUUGAUUUGGAUGAAAUGACAAGUUUGAUCGUUGUGGGGUUGUGGUGUACGAACCCUAACGACAAGGAAAGGCCCAAGGCUGCUCAAGUAAUAAAAGUUCUUCAGCUUGAAUUGCCAUUGCCAGUGCUUCCACUUGAUAUGCAUGAUCAUCCUCCUCCUUCUCUGGUUACCCAUGAGCAAGUGCAACCUACUAAUAAUUCCUUACAGUCAAUACCUUUCACUAACAGCCUUGUAAGUGUUGGGCGUUAAUUUCAGAGCAAGGCUUUGAAAUAAUGGAGUUAGGUAGCAGGAUAUAUA